AGGGUGAUUGGCAACUGAGGCGGGACUUCCGGAAAAGCCUGAUUGGGCCUAUCGGUAACAACAAACACGCGUAGGCGCAAAAAAGGCUGGAAGUGGCGAAGGAGGGGUUCGCGGGCUCUCGCUGGUGGGAUAAGAAAUCGGGCAGAGGGCCGAGACGCCGUCUUUGAGGGUUCAGAGGUCUAUGGGUGGAGCGAACUAGCUUGGAGGUCGGCGGAAGGGCCUGAAGAGCCUAGCGUGGGGCUUUCUGGGAAGGUCCCCACAUCAGGGGCUAGGAGCACGAGUUACCUAGGUAGGAUCUGUGGGAACUACCCCGUGACGGUUCGAGAAGAUGCCUUACCUUGGCUCUGAGGACGUGGUGAAGGAGCUGAAGAAGGCUAUGUGUAACCCUCACAUUCAGGCUGAUAGGCUGCGCUACCGGAAUGUCAUCCAGCGAGUGAUUAGGCACAUGACUCAGGGAUUGGACAUGUCCAGUGUUUUCAUGGAAAUGGUGAAGGCCAGUGCCACUGUAGAUAUUGUCCAGAAGAAGCUAGUUUAUUUGUACAUGUGCACAUAUGCCCCCCUGAAACCAGAUCUGGCUCUUCUUGCCAUCAAUACACUGUGCAAAGAUUGCUCGGAUCCCAACCCAAUGGUCCGAGGGCUGGCACUACGGAGCAUGUGUAGCCUCAGGAUGCCUGGUGUGCAGGAAUAUAUCCAGCAGCCUAUUCUCAGUGGUCUGCGGGAUAAGGCUUCAUAUGUCAGGAGGGUGGCAGUCCUUGGCUGUGCCAAGAUGCAUAAUCUCCAUGGAGACUCUGAAGUGGAUGGUGCCCUGGUAAACGAGUUAUACAGUUUGCUGCGUGACCAGGAUCCGAUUGUGGUUGUGAACUGUCUGAGGUCUCUAGAGGAAAUUCUGAAGCAGGAAGGGGGCGUUGUCAUCAAUAAGCCCAUUGCCCAUCAUCUCUUAAAUCGAAUGUCAAAACUGGACCAAUGGGGCCAGGGUGAAGUACUGAACUUUCUGCUGCGCUACCAGCCCCGCAGCGAAGAGGAGCUGUUUGACAUUCUCAAUCUGUUGGACAGCUUUCUCAAGAGCAGUAGUGCAAGUGUGGUGAUGGGGACCACCAAACUCUUUCUGAUCUUAGCCAGAAACUUCCCCCACGUACAAAAGGAUGUGCUUGUACAAGUCAAGGGACCUUUGCUAGCUGCCUGUUCUUCAGAGAGCCGUGAGCUCUGUUUUGCUGCCCUCUGCCACGUACGCCAGAUCUUGCAUAGUUUGCCUGGUCACUUUAGCACCCACUACAAGAAGUUUUUUUGCUCCUACUCGGAGCCCCACUACAUCAAGUUGCAGAAGGUGGAGGUGCUGUGUGAGCUGGUUAAUGAUGAGAACGUGCAGCAGGUGCUAGAAGAGCUUCGAGGGUACUGCACUGAUGUGUCUGCCGACUUUGCACAGGCCGCCAUCUUUGCCAUAGGUGGCAUUGCCAGGACCUACACAGAUCAGUGUGUGCAGAUUCUAACAGAGUUGCUGGGGCUUCGACAGGAGCACAUCACCACAGCGGUGGUGCAGACUUUCCGAGACCUGGUUUGGUUGUGCCCUCAGUGUACCGAAGCUGUGUGUCAGGCCCUGCCCGGCUGUGAGGAGAACAUUCAAGAUAGUGAGGGGAAGCAGGCACUUAUUUGGCUACUUGGGGUCCACGGGGAAAGAAUUCCCAAUGCUCCUUAUGUGUUGGAGGACUUUGUAGAGAAUGUGAAGUCAGAGACGUUUCCAGCUGUAAAGAUGGAGCUACUCACUGCACUGCUGCGCCUUUUCCUCUCACGACCUGCUGAGUGCCAGGACAUGCUGGGGCGUUUGUUAUAUUAUUGCAUAGAGGAAGAAAAGGAUAUGGCCGUACGGGACCGAGGUCUCUUCUAUUAUCGCCUCCUCUUAGCUGGUAUUGAUGAAGUUAAGCGGAUCCUGUGUAGCCCUAAAUCUGACCCUUCUCUUGGACUUUUGGAGGAUCAGGCAGAAAGACCUGUGAAUAGCUGGGCCUCAGACUUCAACACACUGGUGCCAGUGUAUGGCAAAGCCCACUGGGCAACCAUCUCUAAACUCCAGCGGGCAGAGCAUCAUGGCCCAGAGGUUCCUAACACUGCAUCCUUUGCCACAUCAGGACCCUUGAUUCCUGAAGAGAACAAGGAGCAGAUACAAGAACUCCCUGACUCUGGAACCCUCACACUAGUCCCCAGUCACCAGAUCACUGCUGAGUAUUUUGAGAAAACUUGGCUUAGCCUCAAAGUUGCUCAUCAGCAAGUGUUGCCUUGGCAGGGAGCAGUCCAUCCUGACACCCUCCAGAUGGCCCUGCAAGUAGUGAACAUCCAGACCAUUGCAAUGAGCAGGGCCGGGGCUCAGCCAUGGAAAGCCUACCUCAGUGCUCAGGACGACACUGGCUGCCUGUUCUUAACAGAACUCUUAUUGGAACCUGAGCACGUGGAAAUGCAGAUCUCUGUGAAACAAAAUGAGGCAAGGACUGAGACACUGAACAGUUUUAUUUCCGUGUUAGAAACUGUGAUCAGAACAAUUGGAGACAUAAAAUAAUAAUGUAUUCUGGCUGCUUGUCCUGAGAUGGAUAGCUGUCAGAGUUCCUUAGUGUUUUUUUUUAGAGCUGUUUGUAAAUCCAUGUGAUAGUAGAUGCAAAGGAGAAUGGGAAAUCUAGGAAUCGGUAUUCUUAGGUUUUUUUUUUUAAUUUUACUUUAGAUGGAGGUUUACAGAGCAUAUUAGUUUCUCAUUAAACAAUCAAUACACA